AUGCCCAUCCGAGGCGUCAGUUUUUCGCCUUGCGACACUAAGUUCGUGACUUGCAGCGAUGAUGCCACAGUGCGCAUUUGGGAUUUUUUCCGUUGCCACGAAGAACGUGCUCUCCGAGGUCAUGGUUCGGACGUUCGUAGUAUCGCCUGGCACCCCUACAAAUCGUUGAUAAUCUCAGGUAGCAAGGAUGCUCAGCAGCCCAUAAAAUUAUGGGAACCAAAAACUGGGGAGUCAAUCGCCACUUUGUACGCACACAAAAACACAUGCACAGAUGUGGCAUGGAACAUGAACGGUAAUUGGUUCCUUACGGCAUCCCGUGAUCAUCUGAUAAAGCUUUUUGAUCUUCGCUUUAUGAGGACAGAAUUGCAGACCUUCCGUGGGCACAAGAAAGAGGUGACGCGCGUUGCCUGGCACUCCUGUCACGAAGGUCUUUUUGCUAGUGGAAGUGGUGAUGGUGCUAUUCACUUUUGGUGUGUCGGAACCGAAACUGAACUUGGUGUAAUCGACGAUGCUCACGAUAAUAUGAUAUGGAGUCUUGCCUGGCAUCCGCUUGGGCAUAUACUUGUGUCCGGUGGUAAUGACUUUACUACGAAAUUUUGGACACGAAACCGCCCUGGUGAUAUCUUGAAGGAUGUAAAUGGAUCUAGUAAUGCUCUCUCGGGUAUCGCAAACGUCCUUCCCGCCAUUAGUUCAGAAGACUUAGUAAAUGACGUACUGGGAGGAUCCCUGAGUCGAUCCAUACACGAUAUGACCAUGGAUGCUGAUGAUCAAUCGAUUGCACUGGAGCCACCCACUGAAGAAGCUGUAGUUGAAAUUCCGGGGUUGAACGAUGGUCCUCCUGGCCCGCUUGCUCCAGAAGAUGAACAAGAGUCAGACGUAUUAAAAAAUCGACCACUACCAAAUCGCCCUCCGGGAUCUAUAUCCAAGGAAUUUAUGGCAAACUGGUCCAGCUCCCGAGUCCUUCACAAGACCGGAGUUGUCCUUUCCGCUGUAGCGGCUGCCAAAGAAAGUAAUCGCGAAGCUUGUGGAUCUGCAAACAAGGGGUCGGUAGGUAGCGAGAUUUUAGCAGAGAACCAAAAUAAGGUGGACAUACCGCACUCGCGAAGCGUCUCCACUCCCUUGGUCACUUCUGACAUGUGCAUGAAUCCCAAGGCCAAAGCUGCUGCCUCAGAGGCGGCCGAAUAUGACGCAAGAUUUAAGGGGCGCAAGUUUGACUCAGCUGCUCGUGAGGAAGAGAUGCUUGCAUUUGCUAACAGUUUGAUGCCACCAUCCCCGCCUCAUCCCACUCCACAGCCACCGCCACCCCCACCUCCACAGCAGGAAUCGCAUCCGUCGAUGCGACCGUCGAAUCAACCCUUGCCAUCGAGAUAUGGUCCACCACCACCUCAGAGAUUUAUGGGAGGACCACCGCCCCGGUACCCUCCUAGCGGAUAUCCCCCACCCGGUCCAAAUGGACCCCCGUUCCGGCGCCCACCGCUGCCCUUCCGACCUCCCUACGACCACCAGUGGGGUGGACCAGGCCCCUAUAACGGCCCGCCACCGCCUCCUGGGUACGGCGGUCCACCUCCACCCAAGAGACCAGCGAUGCAGAGACCGCCACCACCGCAAAUGAGGCGUGGUUGGUAG